CAGUUCUGUGCGUUAUCUUAACAAGUGUCUAAUGCAAUCUUUUUUUUUUGGUUGUUUUGUUUUCUUUCAGGAAUCUGAGGUCCAGUGUGCAACAUGAACAACCCAUGACAUGAAGGGCAGUGACGUCAGACAGGCCCCAGACAGAGGGCGCGAGUGCGGGGAUGCAAGACGGGGGCGCGCACAUGCGCACAGGCUCGCUCUCCUCCUGACAUGAGCGCGAGCGCGUCAAUAUACACACAGAGAGCAGAGCAGCGCUGUGGGUUUAGUCGAAGGUGUUCUACUCUACAGGCAGGCGCAGACACCUUCACACACCGAGCAGAGGUUUACAGCGCAGUUUGUGUGGCGCCCAGGACCUGAUCUUUUAAAACCAUGCUGGAUUGACUGCAGGGAGGCAACUACAAUCAAUGCCUUGGCUUUGAAAUCGUUCAAAAUUUAUUGGAAAGGAGUGUGAGAUAGAGCGACAGCGAGAGAGAGGGGGAGAGAGCGAGGGAGAGCGAAGCGAGGGAGCGAGCGAGAGUGGAGAGAGGGGUGGAAAAGAUCAUUUUCAACAAUGGAGCUUACAAUGGAAAACAUUGGAAAUCUGCAUGGUGUGUCUCACUCCCAUCAAACGAGCGACUUAAUGAACUCCCCGCACGUGCGCCAGUCCUCUGCGUCGCAUCGGAACUUGGUGUCGCACGGACGGUCAGCCAUGGUGUCCAGCAUGGCCUCGAUACUGGAGGGAGCGGGGGACUACCGCACGGACCACGCACUGUCUGGCCCCCUGCAUCCGGCCAUGACCAUGUCCUGCGACUCCGGGAUGAGCCUGAGCAGCACCUACACGACGCUGACGCCGCUGCAACACCUGCCCCCCAUAUCCACCGUGUCCGAGAAAUUUCACCACCCACACCCGCAUGCUCACCAUCAUCCGGCGCACCAGCGGCUCGCAGCAGGGAACGUCAGCGGCAGCUUCACUCUGAUGAGGGACGACCGAAGCCUCGCCUCCAUGGGUAACCUCUACGGCCACUACCCCAAAGACAUGUCCGGCAUGGGUCAGCCUCUGUCGCCUCUGUCUAACGGCCUGGGCUCUUUGCACAGCUCCCAGCAGACUCUCAGCGCCUACGGCCCCGGAGCUCACCUCUCCAACGAUAAGAUGCUCUCCUCGGGGGGAUUUGAGUCCCAUGCAGCCAUGCUGUCCCGGGGCGAGGAGCACCUGGCCAGGGGUCUCGGGGGUCAUGGGGCCGGGCUCAUGACAUCCUUGAACGGCAUACACCAUCACAGCCAUCCGCAUUCUCAGGCAAACGGGUCCAUGUUGUCAGACCGGGACAGACAGACGGUGGUGGGCGGCGGGCAGGGAGGUGGGUCAGGGCAGGUGGAGGAGAUAAACACCAAGGAGGUGGCACAGCGAAUAACGGCAGAGCUGAAGCGCUACAGCAUCCCCCAGGCCAUAUUUGCUCAGAGGAUCUUGUGCCGGUCCCAGGGAACUCUGUCCGACCUGCUGCGGAAUCCUAAACCGUGGAGUAAACUCAAGUCUGGCCGGGAGACGUUCAGGAGGAUGUGGAAGUGGCUCCAGGAGCCCGAGUUCCAGCGGAUGUCAGCGCUCAGGCUUGCAGCCUGCAAGCGCAAAGAACAGGAGCAACACAAGGACCGCAACACAGCGCCCAAGAAACAGCGCCUGGUCUUCACUGACCUGCAGCGCCGCACACUCAUCGCCAUCUUCAAGGAGAACAAGCGUCCAUCCAAAGAAAUGCAGAUCACCAUCUCUCAGCAACUCGGCCUGGAGCUCAGCACCGUCAGCAACUUCUUUAUGAAUGCACGGCGUCGCUGCGUGGACCGCUGGCAUGAUGACCAUGGCACCAGCCCCGGGCAGCCAGGUACAUCUGCCACUACCUUCUCCAAGGCUUGAGAGGAGGAGAGGGCCUUCAGAGGGUCAGGGACAAGGGUUGGAAAUUGGCCGUGAAACCUGUCUCUAACAACCACACCUGGCCUGGACCAUCUGAGUGUGUCCUCUGCCAGAAAAUCCUUUGUGCCAUGCAAUCAUCUUUUUUGUCAGUCAGAAUUAAAAAGCUCUCACCUGAAAACAAGCAUAAUCUAAAAGGUGAACAGUGAAGUCAGGUUCACUCUGCAUUACCCACAAAAGGACAAUCAUUGAUUCUGUCUUUUUUGGUAAAGAAAAAUCAUUCUCAUGGCAUCUGACAAAGUAAAGAGACACCAAAGAUUUGAUGUUUUUGUUGAACGGUACCUGAAAUAUGCCUCACCACCAAAGUAGCCGCUGAUUCUGAUUUUUUUUCUCUCUCUUCCCAACUCACCUCCUUUGCGUCUGCCUCUUUGCUCUCUUACGUCCCCUCUAUACGCCGGCGCACACAGAAGCAACAAGGGCGAAAGAACGGCAAUAAAACUGACAACAGAACAGCACAUAGCCUUAUUAUCCCAGCCCCGUCCUGCACACACAAGGCCGUCAUAAAGAAAACAAUGCAGCCUAUGAAAAAAAACAACAAGGCUCUCCAAUUCUCCGCCUCUACCUCCCCCUCCUGCUGUAGUCUCCUUCAUUCCUCAGCCGAAGGUAUUCCCUGAAGGCCAGCCAUUUCAGAGAGCAGCUCAGCCUGAUCAUACAGCAAACUAAUGAAUUGAAAAAUGAAUCGAUGGAGACAGAGAGAGCAGGGCCUUGACCCAUCCUGAAGGUGAAACUCAAGAUGCUCAGCAGUAGAUACUCAGGUCUUCCAGGCCCAGGUCUAUAUUUUUUGCACAGAUGUUGGGGGCCUGUAGGGAGACUUGUCAUUGUUACUCUACGCCUGAGCCAAGAGUCUGUGUUUCUCUGACCAACAGGAGAGGUGGGUGAGAUGCCUGGACAUGCUUAUUGUUCUGCUGGGAGCUUUUCCUCUCGUCAAUAACUGAGAACCUAGCAACAACAACAACAACAACAUGCUCGGGCUUCCAGCCAACUACAUUACAGCUGCAUAUGGAAAAGCAGAAUGUAAGAGGAGCACACAGAACCCAGUGGAGAUGGGGACACAAAGGCCUCACUACUACAGCAGCAGCAGCAGCAGAAGCAGCAGCAGCAGCAGCAACACACCUCUCCUUACACCCAGGUCCUGCAGGUGCUGACAGAGCAACAGUGCCCCCUGCUGUUGAUAGCAAACACCUCUGUCAAGCAGGAACUAGGGGGGGGUUCAGAGUGGAGGAGAGGGAGGGAAGAGCCACUAGAUGCUGUGGAGAAGUCAUGGCACAACACAUUCAGGCCCUCACAGCUCUUUGAAGGCAGAUCAAUAGCUAACCAUUAUCCCAUUGUUGUUCCUCAUCCAACCAGCACUGGUGAAGCCGGAGGAGGGGGAUGGUUAAACCCAACGCUGAAAACACAGGGAUUUAGCAUAAGGCAGGGAUUUAUUUAACCGAUCCAAAUCUUACAGAAUCCACACAAUACAAACACAGAGACGACACAAAGUGGGGAUGGAUAGAAAAUGACGACGAUGACAGUAGUGUAAUAACAGAAAGGCUUUACGGAGACAGGCACUCCUGAGGUGCACUGGAGGCUUGAUUUACAUGAUUUCACCUCUUAUCAAAUCAACCUUCCAUUUCCACAUCGAACCUGUUAGCAAAAACUGCAACCUCUCAACAAAAAGUGAUUCACACCAAAUAUUGUGGUUACUCCCACACCAGUGUUACUCGUAGCUGUCCACCGCACUCCACUGAAAACAAUGCUAAAACAAUUAGUGCCAAUGCUUACUGCCUUAAUGCAAAUCAGAGAAAAUGGUACUAGGGUUAACACACACACACACAGCUACAGCGCACCCCACUGAUGGCGGGUGGUGUGUGUCAUAGCCAACCAACAAUCAGCUUUUAACUGAAUUAGAAUAUACUUUUUUAAUUAAAAAAGAAAGAAAAAAGAAUCAUAUUUUAAGGCAUACAAUAACCAAACCUCAAACGACGACAAAGACACACACACACACGCGUUGUAUGUGUUACACACAAAAAGAAAAUGUCUCCAACACAUAACUGGACACAUUCUGAAGCAGAAGAAAAAACUCUCACUCUAUCUUUGGUUCUAUACCUCCUCCUCCCUCUAACCCCAAUGCCCUCCCUCUCUCUCUCUCUCUCUCUCUCUCUUCCUCUCUAUAUUGAUGCGGGUAUUUAAUUAGUACCAUAGACACAAAGUUUCUAUUUCUUGUUACUAUUGUGCUCUGUUGUGCAUAAGUAAGGCACCUUGUUGAUAAACAAAAAACAAAAAAAGGAAGGACUUUUAAAAAGGAAAAAAAAGAGGGAAGCGAGGACCGAGGCCAAUGAAGGAUGUAUUUUUUUUUUUGCAUUCUGUGUGAAUAUAGACUCGGACGAGACAUUUACCAUGAGAAAGAGAAAAAAAGAAAAACAGGGAGCCGCUGAAGAGAAGAGUAGACGACGGACACUUUCUCUCCUUUGACAUUUCAUGUCAGAACUGUGCUACUCUCAGCCCCCUUUAAGCUGAGCCCCAAGAAUGGGCCAAAAAUGGAGGGGGACAAAAAAAACAAUGACCUUCAAAAAAGCCCAGGCUGAUCUGCUUUGUGUUUUAUCGGAGGGUGGGUGAGGGUUAACGCUCGGGACUCAAUAGUUAUCUGUAUGGUCUUAAAAUGCAACUGUAGCAUUUCCAACAAUGUAGUCAGAUUAGCGGUGCAGAUUAGAUAAGAGAUGGUCAUUGUAGAGGAGCUGAUCAGGACUUACCAACUAACUCCACCAUGCUGUAAGCAGUGAGUUAAAGUCGCCAAAGAAAGAAGGUGAGCUAAAAUCGAUUUGUGGUAUACAGUUCAGUGAGCAUAGGUACAUAGCUAGAUUCAGCACUACGUAUUAGGCUGACAAAAUGGCAUUUGUUUGUAGUGAGAACCAAUGUGGCUACCUCACUAAGCUGAGUGGUUUGUGAAACCGCCACUAAUACCAAAGAUACUGCAGCCUACCGGUCCCAAACUGCCUAGGGGGACAAAAACCAUAAACAAAAGAGCCCCCCCCCCCACUUCUUUGACCAAAUCAAGAGACACAGUAUCUCUCUCUCUCGCAUGCACACACACACACACACAUACACACACACAGUAGUAGUAACAGUGCAGUCAGACUGCAGCGUGCCACACAGGAGGAGGUGGCUGCCUUGCAGACAGAGUUGAGUGCCUUUUCCCUUCAACCACGGGUGGGACUGCACUGGACACACACACACACACACACACACACACGGGGUGCAUACAUGAAGCUGCACACCCAUUUACAAACAUGCACUCACACACAGACAAUGCACCCAUAAUUGGAUGGACAGAAAGGAGAGGGGAGGGGGGGGCACAAUGAGAGGGACACAGAGUGGGGGCUGUGUCAGCAUUUCCUCCCAUAUUGACUUUCCAUCUUGAUACACUAGAAUACAAGCACUUUAUCAUGUAGAAAGUCUAUAAAACAUUUUCUAUACACUAUUUAUUUGAAACAAAAUUAUAUGUUACUCCUUAAUCUGUCAGAGUCUUUGUUACUGUAUCGUUGGUCUUCUAGUAGCUCACAGCCUUUUCAUUUUUGUAUGUGUAUGUGUGUGUGUUUUCUUUUUUCCCCUCACUGGCCCAUGCACUUUCACUCUCUGCCACUUUGCCUCUCUCACAUCAGAGAUAUUUUUGUGUAACAGAGAAAGAGGGGGGUAAAAAGGCAGAGGCUCGAAGUGCUCGCAGGGCUUUAGUCGUAAAAAAAUCCUUCCACAGAAUCUCUCUUUUUCUCUCUCCACUGCGUGCAAGCACAGAGGCUGCACUGGAAAAGGUGUGGAAGACUCACUGACAGUAGACACAAAUUCUCUCCUCCCUCCACUUUCUGUCCAGUCGUCCUCUCCCCCUGGCUAGUGCUAAGACUCGGUAGGCGUGUGUUGACAAUUAAUUCUGAAAUACCUCAAAAACCUUUCAUGUAAACUUUAUGUAAUUUAAACUGAAAAUAAUACUGCUAAUGAUAACGAUGAUUAUAAAACUAUGAUACUAUGAUAGUUAGUUUUGGAACUUGUGACUUGAAGCUUUAUACUGUUAAAUUCCUUUUAUUUGUUUGCUCAUUUUUCUUGUACGUUCUCUUGUUUGUUUUUGCUACGGCAUGUACUUACUGUUUUCAUAAAGGAAAAGACAUUGUGAAUGUUUCUGUGGAGAGUGACUCGAGAAAAGAAGAGACAGAACGAGAGAAGGCUAGAAUACAAAGAGAGGGAUGAGAGCUACUCACUUUUUCAGUUCAAAGCUCUUUCAUAGGCAGGUACAUUUAAAGAAAAAAAAAAGAA